AAUACUCGUCCGACGCGUCAUCCAUCAGCCGGAACCUUCAUGUCUCAGUGUUGCUUUCCCGCCGGGCAGUCUAACGCGUUGCACUUGUCACUUCCGGCUCUUGUUUGGGCGACCGUUUGAAACAAGAGGUAUUCUUUAUGUGCUCGAAUGGCAGGUUUAUUCAAUGAGGACACACGCGGUGGAACAAGAAGGGUCCUUUAGAGUGCACCAUCUCUCUCCCGUACUAUGUUCAAAAAGAUGACUGAAUUUGGUCCAGAUUCCGGGGGGCGAGUUAAGGGGAUAACCAUCGUGAAGCCCAUUGUGUUCGGGAACGUUGCCCGUUACUUCGGGAAAAAGAGAGAGGAGGACGGACACACACACCAGUGGUCCGUCUACGUCAAGCCUUACAGAAAUGAGGAUAUGUCUGCUUAUGUGAAGAAGAUCCAGUUCAAGCUUCACGAGAGCUAUGGUAACCCUCUGAGAGUGGUGACCAAGCCUCCGUAUGAGAUCACAGAGACCGGCUGGGGGGAGUUUGAGAUCAUCGUCAAGAUCUUCUUCAUUGACCCCAACGAGAGACCUGUGACUCUGUACCAUCUGUUGAAGCUGUUCCAGUCAGACUCCAGUGCAAUACCCAAGAAGACGGUUGUCUCUGAGUUCUAUGAUGAAAUGAUCUUCCAGGAUCCUACGGCCAUGAUGCAGCAGCUUCUGACCACAUCGAGACAACUUACGCUGGGGGCAUACAAGCAUGAGACCGAAUUCAUUGAGCUGGAACAGAGGACAAAGGAGAAAAUGGAGGCAGCAAAGAAGAGAACCAGCCAGGAGAUCACUGAGCUGAAGGACAAACUAAAAGCCAGCAGAGAAAACAUCAACCACCUGAAGGCAGAGAUCAGGAAACUGGAGGAAGACGGAGACCACAAGGACCACUGAGACAAGGACGGACGCACACAUUGUGGUUUUAAAAAAACAACAUAGUUUUCAUUCUUUUUUUUAUUUUUCAAUAACACAAUAUCAUAAAGCUCAAAUAAGACAUCAGAAUGAUUCCCUAGCAGGUCACCAGGUUUUCUGGCUUCUACCUUUUUAUGGUAUUGUUUUUCAACCCAAACAUUGUCGCAUCAGCUGGCCAUCAGGAUGGUUAAGUAUUCCCAAUGAGGUCACCACAUUGGUGUGAACAGUUCUGGAUGUGAUUAGCUUAUUUCUGGGGUUGUUGGUUUUUUACUGAUCUUUCAGUUUUCUAUAUAAAGUCAACAGGUUUUCAUUAUUGUCUGUAAAUGUCUCUUGUGUUGUAACCUUUGGGGUUUGAUGAGGGUUGAUUCAUAAAACAAAAAUCUGUUUUUUAUU